AUGGAUUUAAAAGACCAUAGCCAGCGGGCAGCGGCGGGCGGAACGACCGAGGGGCGGCGCGAGCUGGGCGGCGGGUGCUGGGCCGUGGUGCGGGCUGCGCGGGGCGUCGGUUCCGCGGAAGCCUGGGUAGGGCGCUGCGUGCGGGACUCUCGUCGCUCGUGGACGGGGUGCGAGCGCGCGGCGGACGUAGGGCGCCGACCUGGGGCUCCCCGGCGCUCCGGCUCCGCUCAGGGCGCCCGCUCAGGGGCCUCCGGCGCGAGGCCCCCUUCCUGGUCAAGAUGGCGGCGCCCAGGCGGACCGCGCCGAGAUGAGCUGGAGCUGGGCCCGGAGAGCGACGAGUCUGCCACGCCCAGGACUUGGACCCCGGGCUGGUCUCCAGUCUCCCGGGGAGCGGCGGGUGGGGAAAAUGUACCAGCGUGUAUGCCUACUGGGACCACGUUUUCCAGAACAGUUAAGCCCAGUGUCAACUAUGCUGUCCCACCUUCCUCCUCCGAGGGCGUCCUCAGCCCUGCUCCCGGGGCUCACAACUUCUCCGGUAGUCGGCUUCAGCAGUGCGCAGAGAGAGCAGUGGACGACAGCUUCCGUCAGCAUCUUCUAUCAAGCAGUUUUGGAGUAGCGCCUCAGAUGAAGACACUGAGGAAGAGAAAAGUUAAGAAUUUGCCUAUGAUUAGUUAUCCAUCUGUUCAGCCAGUGCACAAAUUACACUGCCCAACUCCAAGAUCAGUGAAUAGGAGCUGGGUUCCAAGAAAUCUCUGCAGGUUUCUUCAACUUCUCUCGUCUCUGAGCUUCUGCAACCAACACGUCUGCUUGAACCCAUCAGCUGUGAAACACAGACAAGAACUACGGAGGAGGGACUUUCCUGGUGGCACAGUGGUUAAGAAUCCGCCAGCCAAUGCAGGGUACACGGGUUUGAGCCCUGGUCCGGAAAGAUCCCACAUGCCGUGGAGCAACUAAGCCCGUGUGCCACAACUACUGAGCCUGCAUUCUAGAGCCCGUGAGCGACAGCUACUGAGCCCUUAUGCUUCAACUACUGAAGCCCGUGUGCCUAGAGUCUGUGCUCCACAACAAGAGAAGCCACUGCAAUGAGAAGCCCGCUCAUCACAAUGAAGAGCAGCCCCCACUCGCCGCAUCUAGAGAAAGCCUGCACACAGCAACAAAGACUGGACACGGCCAAAAAUUUUUAAAAAUUAAUUAAAAAAAUGAUUCUGGUUCAAAAGAAAAAUGCAUAUACAAAGCUUAAAAAGAAAAUGACGAAGGAGCUGUUUUCCAAACCUCAUGCACAGAGAAGAGAAUCUGUAUGAAGCAAGGGAUGGAUGGGAGGUGUCUUGCUUACAUCUCUAUUCAAGGAAGACUUCUGCAGGAAGGAUAGCUGGUUGACAGCCUCCAGCUUCCCCAAGAUUGGCCAAUGUGUUCUUGCCAGACUGCUUCCCCAGUGACUAAGCACUAUGACGUACUAGAAUCACUAUAUUCCUGCCCACCCCUAGAUUCCUAGAAUCCCUGUAAUGGUAGACUUUGCUUAGGGAGUCUGAUUACCUAGUCAGUUAGCUAGCAUCCUCUCUCUCUCUCUUUCAGAUAUAUAUAUAAUCGCUAUUGGGAUCAUGGGUAAAUUUUUCUGCA